UACGCGCAACCGGUUAUCCCUCAUACAGGCACAGGUAAUCCAAUCACUGGUAACCUUCCAGCGCGGCUCUGACAACUCAUUUUCUCUGGACGAGCAGCGGAGUGAAGGCACAAUGAGGCCCCAGUGGAAAGGGAGGUGACAGAAUGCCAUUCAUUAUAAGAGGAAGAGCCCUGAGGGGGCUCCGCGCUCGCACAAUGUUGGGAAAUAACUCCGGUUUGCCUCGGAUAUACUCUCCAACGAUGAGUUGGAUCUGACGUGGAGCUUUUCCCAUGUGGAUUCGAGGAUGCAAGAAGCGGAUGAACUGUCAGAAGGGGCACAGUAUGCCAGCAACAAAAAGACCGCUUCCUCCACUGAUGCCUCGGCCCUAUGGUCAGAAAGCCAAGCUCAUCUGCACCAACUCAGUCCACCUGAGCCCCUGCAUGCCCCUGCCAGCAGCGGCAAGCCUGUCGGCCUGUCUUAUGGCCUCCUGGGAGCCAACAGUGGCACCCAGGUCCCUGGCGGCGACAGCUCCGGCGUCAGCCCGGUCCUCGCUUGGCACGCAGCAAUCAACGCCGCUCGCCAGGCGCAGGACGAUGUCGCGAAGCCCGACAUGAGUCCGCAGCACUCAGGGUGGUCCGCCGGAGCUGCUCCCGUUGGCUCUUUGGCACAGAGAAAGAGGCAGCAGUAUGCCAAGAGUAAAAAACAGGGCGGGUCCACUAACAGCAGGCCACCCAGAGCGUUGUUCUGCCUCACCCUCAACAACCCCAUCCGCAGGGCCUGCAUCAGCCUGGUGGAGUGGAAACCGUUCGAUAUAUUUAUACUGCUGUCUAUUUUUGCCAACUGUGUGGCCUUAGCCAUCUACAUCCCUUUCCCUGGAGAUGACUCCAAUUCUACCAACCAAGAGCUGGAAACAGUUGAAUAUGCCUUCCUGAUCAUUUUCACUCUCGAGACAUUUCUGAAGAUUAUCGCCUACGGCCUGGUCAUGCACCAGAACUCCUACGUCAGAAACGGCUGGAACAUGCUGGACUUUGUCAUCGUCAUAGUAGGCUUGUUCAGCGUGGUCCUGGAGAUGAUGACCAAAGACGCCGACUCGGGCGGCCAGUCAGGAGGCAAGCCCGGCGGGUUUGACGUCAAGGCCCUCCGAGCCUUUCGUGUGCUUCGCCCCCUUCGCCUUGUCUCCGGAGUUCCCAGUCUCCAGGUGGUUUUGAACUCCAUCAUUAAAGCCAUGGUCCCCCUGCUUCACAUCGCUCUGCUGGUCCUCUUCGUCAUCAUCAUCUACGCCAUCAUCGGCCUCGAGCUCUUCAUCGGCAAAAUGCAUGCUACCUGCUAUGUGAUCGAGACAGGUGCGCUGGCAGAAGAGGAGCCAACGCCAUGUGCGGUGUCCGGCAACGGCCGCCACUGCGCGUUGAACACGACGACGUGCAGAGAAGGCUGGCAAGGCCCCAACAAUGGCAUCACCAACUUUGACAAUUUCCUUUUUGCCAUGCUCACUGUGUUCCAGUGCAUCACCAUGGAGGGCUGGACCGACGUGCUGUACUGGAUGAACGACGCAAUGGGCUUUGAGCUGCCAUGGGUCUACUUUGUCAGUCUGGUCAUCUUUGGUUCCUUCUUUGUUCUUAACUUGGUCUUGGGUGUCCUCAGUGGAGAGUUCUCCAAAGAGCGAGAAAAGGCCAAGGCACGAGGUGACUUCCAGAAGCUGCGUGAGAAGCAGCAGCUGGAGGAAGACCUGAAGGGCUACCUGGACUGGAUCACUCAGGCCGAGGACAUCGACCCUGAGAACGAGGAAGAGGGAGACGUCGAGGGAAAGCGCAACAGGGUCACAUUAGCGGACCUCACUGAGAAGAAGAAGGGAAAGUUUGGCUGGUUCACCCAGUCCACAGAGACGCAGGCGAGCAUGCCCACAAGUGAGACCGAGUCUGUUAACACUGACAAUCACAGCGGCGAGGAUGACAAAUGGCUCUGCUGUGCUCCUUUGUGUCAAAAAAUUACUAAGUCAAAGUGCAGUCGUCACGGGCGACGGUGGAAUCGUUUCUGUCGUCGGAAGUGUCGCGCUGCGGUGAAAUCGGUGACAUUUUACUGGCUGGUCAUCCUCUUGGUGUUCCUCAAUACUCUCACCAUCGCCUCCGAACACUACAACCAACCGGAUUGGCUCACAGAAAUUCAAGAUGCAGCUAACAAAGUUCUCCUGGCCAUGUUCACUCUGGAGAUGUUGGUGAAGAUGUACAGUUUGGGGCUGCAGGCCUACUUUGUGUCCCUGUUCAAUCGCUUUGACUGUUUCGUGGUGUGCGGAGGCAUCAUCGAGACCAUCCUGGUGGAGCUGGCCAUCAUGUCUCCGCUCGGCAUCUCCGUUUUCCGCUGCGUGCGCCUCUUGAGGAUCUUUAAGGUCACACGCCACUGGGCAUCGCUGAGUAACCUGGUGGCCUCUCUGCUCAACUCCAUGAAAUCCAUUGCCUCCCUGUUGCUGCUUCUCUUCCUCUUCAUCAUUAUCUUCUCCCUGCUGGGCAUGCAGCUUUUUGGCGGCAAGUUUACCUUUGACGAGACUGUGACCAAACGGAGCACAUUCAACAACUUUCCCCAGGCCCUGCUCACCGUGUUCCAGAUUCUGACAGGAGAAGACUGGAAUACAGUGAUGUACGAUGGUAUCAUGGCGUACGGUGGUCCAGCCUCCUCUGGAAUGGUGGUCUGCAUUUACUUCAUCAUCCUCUUCAUCUGUGGAAACUACAUCCUGCUAAAUGUAUUCUUGGCCAUUGCUGUUGACAACCUGGCCGACGCUGAGAGCCUCAACACAGCACAGAAGGAAGAAGAAGAGGCCAAGAAGAGGAGGAACGGUGCCAAAGAGGCUGGCACAGACCUGAAAGUGGAAAUAUUACCAGACACCGAUGGCGAGACAAAGGUGCCAGUCGAGCUACUACUGGAGGAGGACAAAGAACUUUAUUCUGCCAUUGACUCAUCAGUGUGCUGUGCGGAUGACGACAAUGAUGACCUCCCAGAAGUCCCAGUUGGGCCCCGGCCGAAGAGGUUGUCUGAGCUCACCAUCAAGGAAAAAACUCCUCCCAUCCCCGAGGGCAGCGCCUUUUUCGUCUUCAGCAGCACCAACCCGUUUCGUGUAUUCUGCCAUAAGUUGAUAAACCAUCAGAUCUUCACCAACCUCAUCCUGGUCUUCAUCAUGCUGAGCUCUGUGUCUUUGGCUGCCGAGGACCCCAUACGCAAUUUCUCUGCACGUAAUAUUAUACUUGGUUAUUUUGACUAUGCUUUCACGGCAAUCUUUACUGUUGAGAUCCUGUUGAAGAUCCUAGGCUAUGCAGACUAUGUCUUCACUAGUAUGUUUACAUUUGAGAUCCUUAUUAAGAUGACGGCAUUUGGAGCGUUCCUUCAUAAAGGAGCUUUCUGUCGGAACUACUUCAACCUAUUGGACCUGUUGGUCGUUGGAGUGUCUCUUGUCUCCUUUGGUAUUCAAUCGUCUGCAAUCUCAGUGGUGAAGAUACUCCGUGUUUUGAGAGUCCUCCGGCCGCUUCGGGCCAUCAACAGAGCCAAAGGACUUAAGCACGUUGUCCAGUGCGUGUUUGUAGCCAUCAGGACAAUCGGCAACAUCAUGAUCGUCACCACGCUGCUGCAGUUUAUGUUCGCUUGCAUCGGAGUGCAGCUCUUCAAGGGUAAAUUUUACCGCUGUACAGACGACGCAAAGUCCAGCCCUGAUGAGUGCAAGGGCACGUACAUUCUCUACAACAACGGAGACACCGCGCUGCCCGUGGUCAAGGAGCGACUCUGGCACAACAGCGACUUCAAUUUUGACAACGUCCUCAUGGCCAUGAUGGCUCUCUUCACCGUCUCCACCUUUGAAGGAUGGCCGACUCUCUUAUAUGAGGCCAUCGACUCUAACCGUGAAAACAUGGGUCCCAUCUACAACUACCGCAUUGAGAUAUCCAUCUUCUUCAUCAUCUACAUCAUCAUCAUUGCCUUCUUCAUGAUGAACAUCUUUGUCGGUUUCGUUAUUGUCACCUUCCAGGAGCAGGGUGAGAAGGAAUACAAGAACUGUGAGCUGGACAAAAACCAGCGCCAGUGUGUGGAAUAUGCUCUCAAAGCCCGACCCCUGCGUCGUUACAUCCCCAAAAACCCAUACCAGUACAAGUUCUGGUAUGUGGUCAACUCCACCGGCUUUGAAUAUGUCAUGUUUGUGCUAAUCAUCCUCAACACCCUGUGUCUGGCGAUACAGCACCAUGGCCAAUCUCACCUGUUCAACCAAGCCAUGGACAUCCUCAACAUGGUCUUUACUGGUGUUUUCACUGUGGAGAUGAUCCUCAAGCUCAUUGCCUUCAAGCCCAGGAACUAUUUUGCUGAUGCAUGGAACACGUUUGAUGCCUUAAUUGUUGUGGGUAGCGUGGUUGAUAUUGCCAUCACUGAGAUCAAUAAUACCGAAGACAGUGCUCGCAUCUCCAUCACCUUCUUCCGCCUCUUUCGAGUGAUGCGAUUGGUCAAAUUGUUGAGCAGGGGGGAGGGCAUCAGGACGCUGCUGUGGACAUUCAUCAAAUCCUUUCAGGCUCUCCCAUAUGUUGCGCUUCUGAUCGCCAUGCUGUUCUUCAUCUAUGCAGUAAUUGGAAUGCAGGUUUUUGGGAAAAUAGCCAUGGUGGAUGGAACACAAAUCAACCGCAACAAUAACUUCCAAACGUUCCCUCAAGCUGUCCUCAUGCUCUUCAGAUGUGCCACGGGCGAGGCCUGGCAGGAGAUCAUGCUGGCCUGCCUUCCGGGGAAGUUGUGCGAUACCGAGUCGGACUACAACCCCGGCGAGGAGCGAACUUGUGGCAGCGGCUUCGCCAUCGUCUACUUCAUCACCUUCUACAUGCUCUGCGCUUUCCUGAUUAUUAACCUGUUUGUCGCUGUCAUCAUGGAUAACUUUGACUAUCUCACCCGAGAUUGGUCCAUUCUCGGACCUCAUCAUCUUGAUGAAUUUAAACGGAUCUGGUCCGAAUACGACCCAGAAGCAAAGGGCAGGAUAAAACACCUGGAUGUGGUGACCUUACUGAGGAGGAUCCAACCUCCUCUUGGCUUUGGCAAGCUCUGCCCGCACAGGGUGGCCUGCAAGCGUCUGGUUGCGAUGAACAUGCCUCUGAACAGCGAUGGCACAGUUAUGUUCAACGCCACCUUGUUUGCACUGGUACGCACUGCUCUCAAGAUUAAAACAGAAGGUAACCUGGAACAAGCGAACGAGGAGUUGAGAGCUGUGAUCAGAAAGAUCUGGAAAAGGACCAGCAUGAAGCUGUUGGAUCAAGUAGUGCCCCCUGCAGGUGAUGACGAGGUAACCGUGGGGAAGUUCUAUGCCACCUUCCUGAUACAGGACUACUUCAGGAAGUUCAAGAGGCGCAAAGAGAGAGGCCUUGUGGGUAGACGCUCUUUCGACAGGAUUAACACCACCAUGGCUCUGCAGGCUGGCCUGCGCAUGCUGCAUGACAUCGGACCCGAGAUCCGUCGCGCCAUAUCAUGUGACUUCCAGGACGAGGGGAUUGUAGUUUUGACAGAGGAGGAUGACGAGGAAAUAUACAGGCGCAACGGCGGCCUUUUCGGUAACCAUGUCGACCACGUCAGUACGGCGCCGCGAGGCUCCGCCCGCCCGACCGCCGUCACGCGACGCCCUCUACAGAUCAUCCCCUUUUCCUGCGGCGCCUCAACGGAACCCGCCCAAACGGGCCUGCGGGACAAUGACAAAAGCGAGGAGAUGGAAAUGAACUCCUCGCCUGCCCGGUGUAAUCGUCAGCGGCAGCAUCGAAACGCCUCUCAUCCGUCGGACUACUCCUGCUUGAAUUCCAAUCACCGACAAUCACCCGUACCCUCCAACGCCAACCUCAACAAUGCCAACGUGCCCACGCAGCAGAAAUGUUUGGUAGCCACAGACGGCCCGUCCGCCAGCAAAACGGGCUCACCGGUGUCCACCCGCAGGAAGCCUUGGAAGUCGCUCUCCAGGAGGAGGCGCUGCUACGAGGCCUACAUUAGGUCGGAGGUUUGCAGGGGACGCCGCCCCGCCGUUCGGAGAUCGGAGCCGGAGGAAGAGAACAGUGACGAGGAGCGAGGCUUAGGAGAAUACUACAACAGUGGGGACGAGUCCCGUGAAGAUGACAUCAUGCUGACUCGGGACAGGCUGUCAAAUAAAGACCGUCACAAGGCGCAGGGCGAUUUGGACGCCGAAGUCCCCGGCGUGGAACAUCAGUCAGAUUGUUUCCGUGACGAUGACCAGCAGCCCAUAUGUGGAGACAGCAGGCAGUCACCUCGGAUAUGGCUUUUAGCAUCGCCGCAAGCCCAAAACAGACCGACCUUCAGUUUCGAGCGUCUUCGCAGAAGUAGCCGUCAGGAGGGAGCUCCGCCCUCUCCUUCCUGCACAGCUCUUCCACUGCAGCUGCUGCAGCAACAGGUCAUGGCGGUGGCUGGCCUGGACGCCAGCAGACUUCGGCGCCUCUCUCCCACACGAUCGGUCCUCUCCUGGGCCACGCCUCCCGCCUCCCCUCUGGCCUACGAUUCGUCACCCUCCUACACGCCGCUCAUACAGGUGGACUGGAGGAGCUCAGGCAGUGUCGGCAACAUCCCGGCCUCAGUCGAGCGGAGUUCGUGGUACACGGACGAACCCGACAGCGCUGCCGGCCGCGGCCACUCUCCCUCACGCUUGCGGCUUCCCGCUGACAAUUGCUCACGUUUCCGGCAGACGAGAGGCAGCGCCAACAGUCUCGUGGAGGCUGCGUUGAUCUCCGAGGGUCUGGGAAAGUACGCCAGGGACCCCAAGUUCGUGUCGGCCGCCAAGCACGAGAUCGCGGACGCCUGCGAGAUGACCGUCGACGAGAUGGAGAGCGCCGCCGGUCAUCUGCUGAACGGCAGCCUGGCCGACGGGGCCGACGCCGCCGGCUCGGACCCCGCCGUGCGCGGCGUGCGGGACUACGGCGACGAGGAGACGUACGCGGCCGUGAAACGAGAGGAGGACCUCGCGGACGAGAUGAUGUGCAUGGCGUCGCUAUAGCGACGGCCCACAGCGGGUUUUGUUGUUAUUUAUCGAUUGCGACGGACUUUGUGCCGCUCGUCCGCACCGAGAGGAUCCUUGUACUCGGUAAUACGGUCGACGACAUCCGAAUGAAGUGCCUUGUUUUUUUCUCUUUCUACAGGGACGUGAACAGACCGAGACCUUUGUCUGAAAAACAAAUAUUGAAACUCGAACACUGAUUUGAUGUUGUAUUCGAUUGCUUUAUUUCUCCAUGAAUGGUGACGGUUGUUCAAGGCCGGCGAGAUCUUCUUGCUCUGCAAAGCCUUUCCGAAUCCUAUGAAUUCAUUUUUGAAAACAGCGUGGCGGCGAUGAAACGGAGUGUGGAUGUUGGAUUCAACAUCACAGAUGUGUGCUGUUUAGCUUACGGGUCAGCUUUCAACUGGAUUCAGAAGGGUUUGGGUUUUUGUUUUUGCACAAUAACUAAUCUAUUUUUUAUCUGUAAGACAGUGGAAUCUGUGAGGUGAUUUCCCCCCCCCCAAAUGAAAAUAAUGGUCAUGCAAGUUUACUGAUUUCCAAUGACUUUCAAACUCGUCCUUGACCUUAAUUACAUGAAAAGUAGUAAAUGUAAUGGCUGCUUGCGCGUGAGAAGUGAAGCUCCUCCACUGAACACAAAACACAGCUGAGUUUUUUUUUUAAUAGUACUGAGCAGCCAACGAGUUCCUGUUUUAUUGAAACAUUUCUCCUGCUUUACCAUCGCUGGUGCCAUCUGUGGUGGCGUCACAAAAAAGAACUUGAUCCUUUAGUUUGGCAGUUUGACCUGGACAGUUUGGUGAAAUGUUGCUUUGUUUCCGAAUGAUACGCUUGUUUCACUUUCGAGGUUCCACUGUAUUUUCUGUGCUUCGUUUCAGGGUGCAGGAGUCGGAGCAGAGCUACUGGAUUACACGUCAUGAUUGCAUUUUGGAUAGGAUUUCAUGUCAGUUACCCAAAAAAUAACAUAUCAAUAUAUCGUACAUUGCACUCCGGGAAUGCAAGUAUAAAACUAUAAUCGAAUCUUAAUCAAGAAACGAUCAUGCUUUCCUAUUUUGUUUGUAAAAGCGUCCAUUUGCGGUUAACAAUAAUGAUUUCUAAUUGUAAUUUAGCAUUCAAAAUAUCGAUUAUGGAAAUGCAAUUGUUGACGCGGACCUGUGGGAAAACGAGCUCGAGAAGACGAAUAACUGCUGCAAAAUGUUUUGGCCGAGCGAGUUUAAUAUCAGUGUAAUAUGUUUAAACUGCAUGGAAUUUGGCCAUCUUUUGAAUGGGCUCCGGUCUCAGGGUUACAAAAUGGAUUUGUCAUGCAAAGGUCGCAACGGUCUCGUCGAAUAGCUGCGUUUACCUCCUUCCGAAUCGCAUUUACAGUACAGCGCGGAUUGUGAUUCGAUACGACGUGAAGUCGACCGUGCUUUACCCCACAGGCCGGCGUCGCGCCAAUACAAAACGUCUUGAUCGAUAUUGGCCUUUUAUUUCAGCAUCCUUCAAAGUUCAAACGACAAUGCCAAAAAGAAGACGAUAUCUUCCACCACUUUAUAUUCAUGGAAUUGCGUUAUUAAUGACAGUUGUGCAGUUGAGGGCUUCUGGAAAUGCGAAACCAAAAAUAGAGAUUUUGACCAACUCAGGAUUUCUCUCAUUUGGAAUGAUAUGUCGAUGGAGACCUGACUGCAGCGUUCUCAAUUUAGGUAAAAAUAAAGAACACAACUAAAGCUAUUGUACUACUCUACACGCAAACCGAUGGAUGAACCUGUUCGGAAGGGAAGACAAUCUGCCACUUCAAAUCAUUCUUUCAGGUGUUAAGGCAGCACAGAGCAGAAUGUUUCAAAUCGGCAAAGAAAAAACAAACAACUCACAAUAAAUAGAAUAAAAAUACAUCGUCAAAAACUGUUACAUACAAUGUUUUUUGUUUUGGAAUGAUAAAGUGAUAAGUAGGCCAGAUAAAAAAAAAAACCAGAGCAGCAGAUUGAUUGCACAGAUUGACAGAUUGCACCAUAAAAAUCAAAAAUCAAAAUCCGAUUGGGAACGCGAUGCGUCAUAAAAUGGUGUGCAAUCACAGCAACCGGUAACGACAGGAAACAAAAAGAAUGAAUGCGGUUAUUAUAUAUUGUAUGUGGAGGGGAAUAUACAUUUGUGUGUGUGUGUGUGCGGUCUUUGUUUUUUUAUUGAUUGAAAUAUGUUUUGUAACGUUACACUCCUUUAUGAAUGUUUACUAAAUAUUGUAAGCGAAGGUUUGCUUUCUACCUAACUGUUGUACAAAAUAAAAACGUAAGCUUUCUA